UUGAGAGCGACUGAAUCUGUGUCCACAGCUGUGUGAGCCAGCUAUCUCGUUCUUUAUCUCUGUCGUUAGUGUGUCUGUCUCCUUUUGACUUGGUUUCUUUCUCCUGUUUAUUUCCUCCUACAUCUAUUUCUCUAUCAUCUCCUAUCUCUAUCAUCUCCUAUCUCCCUAUCAUCUCCUAUCUCCCUAUCAUCUCCUAUCUCUCUAUGAUCUCCUAUCUAUCAUCUCAUAGCUCUCUAUCAUCUCCUAUCUCUCUAUCAUCUCCUAUCUCUCUCAUCUCCUAUCUCUCUAUCAUCUGCUAUCUAUCAUCUCAUAUCAUCUCCUAUCUUUCAUCUCUCUAUCAUCUCCUGUCUCUCUCUCAUCUCCUUUUUCUGUAAAAUUGCUUUUAGUUUAAUCCCCCUUCUAUUGUUUUUCUUUGUCUUUCUAUCUCUCUUUCUCUGUCCUCUAUCUCCUCUGUACCCUUCUCUCUCUUCCUUCUCUCUGUGUUUAGAGACUGUUGCUCAUUGUGUAGUAGUUGGAAGUUGAAGGGCAGAGCAGCUAGCUUUAGACCAACUGUCCCUCAGCGGUGGUGGUGGUAAUCUUUCGGUUAGGUAAGCAUUGCUGUGGUCGAGGAGCGGUCAUGGUCCUGGCUGUGGAGGACGCCUGUCCCAACGGGUUGGAGGUAGAGGUGGAGCCCCCUCCGGAUGCAGGCGGGACGGGAGAGGCAGGCGGGACAGGAGAGGGGGUGGUUGGGUCCAGGGAGGGGGCGGCUGCUGAGCCCACAGAGGGGGCCAACACAUCCGGAGCGAUGCAGCAGGUGUUGGAUAACCUGGGGGAGCUGCCCACCUCCACGGGGGCCAAAGACAUCGACCUCAUCUUCCUCAGAGGAAUCAUGGAGAGUCCCAUUGUACGGUCACUCUCCAAGGUAGCAGAUACACAUAGGGGAGAACACACAGAGACUGACUCCCACACAGACAGGGUGCUCCUCGCUAAGGCCCACGAGCGAUUGGAGGACUUGAGGCUGGAGGCGGUGCAGGACAACAAUAUAGAGCUGGUCACAGACAUCUUGGGUGACAUCACUGCCCUCAGCGUCCGUGAUGACAGCGCAGCGGAACUCUCCCGAAUCCUCCAGGAGCCCCACUUCCAGUCGCUCCUUGAGGCCCACGACAUGGUAGCCUCUAAGUGCUAUGAGGCCGUGCCCCCAGCGGAGCUGUUUAAUGACGAGCUGGGGAACAGUUCUCUGAUGCAGGCCGAUGCUGUACGCAUGAUCGGCAUCCGCAAGAAGGCUGGAGAACCACUGGGAGUGACGUUCAGAGUGGAGAAGGAGGAGCUGGUCAUCGCUAGGAUCCUCCACGGAGGAAUGAUUGACAGGCAGGGUCUGCUGCACGUGGGUGACAUCAUAAAGGAAGUGAAUGGGCGGGACGUAGGGAACAACCCCACUGAGCUGCAGGAGAUGCUGAAGGACUGCAGCGGAGGAAUCACUCUGAAGAUACUGCCUAGUUAUAGAGAUGCACCCGCCCCACCACAGGUGUACGUGCAACCCCACUUUGACUACGAUCCAGCAAAUGACCAUCUGAUCCCGUGCCGAGAGGCGGGGAUUGGCUUCAAGAGGGGGGACCUCCUUCAGAUCGUCAACAGGGAGGACCCCAACUGGUGGCAGGCGUGUCAUGUGGUUGGUGGAGCCACUGGACUGAUCCCCAGUCAGUUCCUGGAGGAGAAGAGGAAAGCCUUCGUCCCAAGAGAUUUUGAUGGCUCAGGGAUCCUGUGCGGUACGAUAACUGGAAAGAAGAAGAAAAAGAUGAUGUAUCUAACGGCCAGGAAUGCAGAGUUUGACAGGCACGAGCUGCAAAUCUAUGAGGAGGUGGCCAAGAUGCCCCCAUUCCAGAGGAAGACUCUGGUUCUGAUUGGAGCCCAGGGGGUGGGCCGACGCAGCCUCAAGAACCGACUGGUGGUCCUUAACCCAACAUGCUUCGGAACCACCAUCCCCUUCACCUCCCGGCGUCCCCGUGACGAUGAGCUGGACGGUAAGUCGUACCGGUUUGUGACGCGGACGGAGAUGGAGGCGGACGUGAAGGCGGGCGGCUACCUAGAGCACGGCGAGUACGACGGGAACCUCUACGGAACCAAGAUGGACUCCAUCCAUGAGGUGGUGGACACGGGGCGCACCUGCAUCCUGGACGUCAACCCACAGGCUCUGAAGGUACUAAAGACAGCAGAGUUCAUGCCGUAUGUGGUGUUCAUCGCAGCACCAGAGUUUGAGACGCUCAAGGCCAUGCACAAAGCUACGGUGGACGCUGGAAUCACCACCAAACAACUCACGGAUGUGGAUUUGAGGAAGACUGUUGAUGAGAGUGCUCGUAUCCAGAGGACCUACAACCACUACUUUGACCUCGCCAUCACCAACGACAACCUGGACCGCGCCUUCCAAACGCUACAGGCUGCCGUCGACAAACUCUGCUCCGAACCACAGUGGGUCCCCGUCAACUGGGUCUACUGAACCCCAACCGGACACUGUCUGACGGGUCAACUUGACCGUGCAUGUGUUCGACCACAGAGACAGGGGAAAGAAAGGAGAAAGGGUGUUCGUCAUGUGAGGGACUUUGACGGGGAAAACGCAAGCCCACCACCUCGUCCCUCUCUCCCUUCCUCCUGCACACAAUGCACAUUUUUUCUACUCGAAACUCAAAGGCAAAUAGUUCUUAUUUAUUUUAAUAUUUGUAACUUUUUACGAAAUAUCUUUCUAUUCAUACCAACGUGGAAUUCAGAAACAUGAAAAAAAUAAAAAGGCCAAACAUGAAGGCCAUAUUUAUUUGUUGUUGUUAUGUUUGUUUUUUGUAGUUGUUCCUCUGAGAAGUAAUGAUGUUUAUUUUCUUCUCCGAGGACUGCUCUAGCAAGAGUUAUUAUUAUUGUUAUAUCAACACAGUUCAAGAACCAAGUUCAAGAACGACACUAUGGAAUAUUCCAGAACUCUGAGCAGUGUUGCCAAGGAAACCUGUUUACAGCGCUCGUUAUUGCCAUGACAACUACCGUGUCUCAGUCCAAAUCCUGUGAAGCCCACCCUUGUGAUUGUCGUAGGACCUCCCACUCCAAAGAAAAUCCCCUACAGUGCCCUGUAGUAUGUACUGUAGUUGGCUACCCCUUGAUUGGUUUGUGUUUACCUCUUUAGAAUUAUGACUUAAGAAAAUAUGUACUUAUUGUCUGAAUAUCUAUCCCUCACACAUCCUACAAAGAGAAGGAAGGGAAAAAGCUUUACAUUUUACAUUGUAGUAUUGAAGAUCAGGAUCAAACACUCUCUGUGUUUCAUGUCUUUCUUUGAGUUGUCUCUACUUUUAUUUUAGUACCGUAGGAUUCACUGUCUUUUGUUGCUACGGUGAUCUUUUUAGCUAAGUGACAUUUUUGUCUCGCAUGAUCCUUUGCUUUGAGUUGUUUUCGAAUAUUGAACAAAUACUACAUCCUGUUUUGAAGCGUUCUGUCUGUGUUGUGUCGACAGCAUGACCGUCAGAAUACCACUCACCAUCUACCCUAAUCUGUAUGUAAGGUGCUUAUUGUUGUUUUUGAAUCUGUUGCUAUCCCACGGUCCUCUCCUCCAGUAUCACAAAGCUCCAAAACCCUCCUGCACUGUAACCGAAAUACUACAUUCUGUUUCCUGUGGUCACUCUGAAAGAUUUCCCAACUUGUGACCAAUAACAGACAUCUCUAAUAGCAAUACAUUGUUACAAUAAAUUAACCAAAAUUCA